UUUUUUACGCCAUUUUGCCGUGCUCCCUGAUACUGCAGAAGCUGUGUGCGCCCGUGGUUAUAUUUUGUGCGGAGUUUGCAGGAGGAUUACAACACGGGGAGCCCGGUACCAAUACACAGCGGUGCAGGAGACAUGAUGCAGAGUGGGGAGGUUCCUUCUGAGCAAGCGGCCGAGUAUGUUCCAGAAAAAGUGAAGAAAGCUGAAAAGAAAUUGGAAGACAAUCCAUAUGACCUUGACGCAUGGAGCAUUCUCAUUCGAGAGGCACAGAAUCAGCCAAUAGACAAAGCACGGAAGACGUAUGAGCGACUUGUUGCACAAUUCCCAAGUUCUGGCAGAUUCUGGAAGCUAUUCAUUGAAGCUGAGGUUAAAGCUAAAAAUUAUGACAAGGUAGAAAAGUUGUUCCAGAGAUGUCUCAUGAAGGUGUUGCACAUAGACCUGUGGAAAUGCUACGUGUCCUAUGUACGUGAAACAAAGGGAAAGCUUCCUAGUUACAAGGAAAAAAUGGCCCAAGCAUAUGAUUUUGCACUGGAUAAGAUUGGCAUGGAAAUUAUGUCAUAUCAGAUAUGGGUAGAUUACAUCAAUUUCUUAAAAGGAGUAGAAGCAGUUGGAUCUUAUGCAGAAAACCAAAGAAUAACCGCUGUCCGCAGAGUGUAUCAGCGAGGUUGUGUCAAUCCUAUGAUUAACAUAGAACAACUGUGGAGAGAUUAUAACAAGUAUGAAGAGGGUAUUAAUGUUCAUCUAGCUAAGAAAAUGAUAGAAGAUCGAAGUCGAGAUUAUAUGAAUGCUCGAAGAGUGGCUAAGGAAUAUGAAACUGUGAUGAAAGGUUUGGAUCGCAAUGCACCCUCUGUACCCCCUCAAAAUACCCCACAGGAGGCCCAGCAGGUGGAAAUGUGGAAGAAAUACAUCCAGUGGGAGAAGAGCAAUCCCCUCCGAACAGAGGACCAGACACUCAUAACAAAAAGAGUUAUGUUUGCCUAUGAACAAUGCCUGCUAGUUCUGGGGCAUCAUCCAGACAUCUGGUAUGAAGCUGCACAAUACCUUGAACAGUCCAGCAAGCUUCUCGCAGAGAAGGGGGACAUGAACAAUGCCAAGUUAUUCAGCGAUGAAGCUGCAAAUAUCUACGAGCGAGCAAUCAGCACUUUGCUGAAGAAGAAUAUGUUACUGUACUUUGCAUAUGCUGACUACGAGGAGAGUCGAAUGAAAUAUGAUAAAACACACAGCAUCUACAAUCGUCUACUUUCCAUUGAAGAUAUAGAUCCCACAUUGGUUUAUAUACAGUACAUGAAAUUUGCAAGGAGAGCAGAAGGUAUUAAGGCAGGUAGACUUAUUUUCAAGAAAGCACGGGAGGACACACGAACUCGUCAUCAUGUUUACGUUACAGCGGCCUUAAUGGAGUACUAUUGCAGUAAGGAUACAGCUGUGGCCUUCAAGAUUUUUGAGUUAGGAUUAAAGAAAUAUGGCGAUUUUCCAGAAUAUGUUCUUGCCUAUAUUGACUAUUUGUCUCAUCUUAAUGAGGACAAUAACACAAGAGUUUUAUUUGAACGGGUAUUAACCUCUGGAAGUUUGCCUCCAGAGAAAUCUGGAGAAAUCUGGGCGCGUUUCUUGGCCUUUGAGAGCAAUAUAGGAGAUUUAGCGAGUAUUCUGAAAGUGGAGAAGAGAAGGUAUACUGCCUUCAAGGAAGAGUAUGAAGGAAAAGAAACUGCUCUGCUGGUAGAUAGAUACAAGUUUAUGGAUCUGUACCCCUGCUCCAUGAGUGAACUCAAAGCUUUGGGAUACAAGGAUGUUUCUCGUGCCAAGUUAGCAAAUAUGAUUCCAGAUCCUGUGGUCACUCCCUCGGUAGCUCCAUCCUUGAAAGACGAAAUAGACAGAAAACCUGAAUAUCCCAAACCUGACACAAGCCAGAUGAUUCCUUUCCAGCCCAGGCAUUUAGCACCUCCCGGCAUGCAUCCAGUGCCCGGAGGAGUGUUUCCGGUCCCUCCAGCUGCUGUGAUCUUAAUGAAAUUAAUCCCUCCGCCCAUAUGCUAUCAGGGUCCCUUUGUACAAGUGGAUGAGCUCAUGGAAAUCUUUAGAAACUGCAAACUGCCAGACACUGCGGAAGACGCCAUGAGGCUAAUUACAGGAGGCCAGACAGACCUAGUCACAGAAGGCAAUGGCCCCUUAGAGAUAAAUGCUCUUCUCAACAAAUCAAUGAAAAGACCAAAUGAAGAUUCAGAUGAAGAAGUAGAGAAAGGGUCUGUUGUCCCUCCCACUCACGACAUAUACAGAUCUCGCCAGCAGAAAAGAAUCCGAUGAAAUCUCUUCAAAAUUGGGAAGAAAAAAUACAAAACAGACUUUUUACCCAACAAUUUUUUUUAUUAUUAUUAUUUUUUUGUAUUUUGCCUUGUAAACCUUGUGCUUUAAGAACAACUUUAUUGUUAGACAUCCUGGAAAUGAAUUCAUGUCACAGUGCCUCUGAUUCAUACGGUUUUAGGCAUAAAAAGAAAACAAAGUGGGGGAGAACUCUGAAAUAUACAAUACGAAAACCACACGUUUUGGGUAAAUACACCCUGAUUCUGUUUAUAUAUGUUCUAGUGUACAACUGGACGUUUGCGGGUAUUGAACAGGUUUUUUGUUUUUUAAUUUUAAAAACUGGAUGGCUUAUUAAUUGUGACUUUUUAAAUGCACCUUUCUUGACUAAGAGAUGCUUACAGUUUGCCCAAAUGGUCAUUCCCGCGUUUUAUCAUUUUUAUUGGUACUAGAAUACUAGAGUCCUUUUUUAAUUGUGGCUCAGAGGGGGUUUACAUUCCUGCAAAUGGAAGGACAAGAAUAUGUUGCGCCUCAUCCCCAUUUGUUUUUUUUGUUUUUUAAGGAGAGCUGCUAUUUUAACAUAACACUGUAAUAUGAAUGAAAUCCCUACCAAAUGCACACAAUUCUUUAACAAAUUAAUUUACAAAAGGGAUUCCUAGUUUUGAGCUAUUAUUAUUUUUGUUUGCAAACGGUUGAAAAACUAAAAGAAAAAAAAUCUUCUUAAAGACAAGAACACUAUAAUCAGAAGCAGCAAAAAGAAAUAAUAAGGUACAAUUAUAUCAUAACUGUGUCUCAUUGGCUCAAAACAAGGUGCCCAUUUUGAUUUCCAAUAUAAUCAAAAACAAAACUAUGAAAAAAAUUGCAUUUAAAUAUUGUGGCAGGUGAAAAUGUACUGCCUUCAGCUUGUAUUUUUGUUUAACUGUAAUAAUAAAAAUGCUAAUCUGUGUUUUUGUUUUUUUAAGCACCUUUACCUAUUUUGUUAAAAGAAAACAUUUGAUCUAUUGCAAAAUUACACUCCUAACGUGUGUAGGUUCACAUGAAACAUAAACUAAUUAGCUCAGCAUCUCUGGUCCCCUAUUUUGUCCGUGUCUGCCUAUCAUUUCCAGAACUAAAGUAUUCUUCUAAAUUCGAAUAGAACAAAAAGCAAAAUGCAUGUAUAAAAAUAUGGUAAAUAUUGUAUAUAAAUAGUGCCUGGCCAUGAUAAGUAAUGUGUUACUCGUUCUAUACCAAAUGCAAGGUUUGCUGCAUUUAGUUUUCAUUGUUUAAUAUCUUUAAAGGACAGUAAACAUCUUGAGAUUUUAAUUAACAUGUUUAGAUAUGCGUAAUAAAAUAACUUUGCAAUAUAUUUCAUUAUUUAGUGUAGUUUAACUCUGAAUCAUGGAUUAUCUCAUUGUCAGAGAUGGAAAUGCACCCAGCAGACUCUGCAAGACUAACCAUGCUACAUAUUUCCCUAAUUGGCUUCAACAGAUAAAAUGCAAAACAAUAUUUUUUAUACUAGAGAGAUGACUGUGUUUAGCCUUGUUUUCUGCCGACAAAUGCCCUUAUUGGCUCUUCUAAAUCAGGCAACAGGUGGAUUGAGUUUGGCUAUUGAGAAUAAUUGCUGCAAACAAUGUUAAUUUCUUUUAAAAACAUUUAAACUUGUUUUUUAUGAUAGCAACAUAAGUAUCUUGUAAUUUGGGACAUUACACACCUCUUAAUUUUGUGUAAUAAUUGUGUUAUGUCCCAAAUCCCAUAGAGAGGUCGAAAAGCAAAAUCUGUACCUAAGUCUUCAAAACACUGCAAAUUGCCUAACCAGCAAUUUGAUUUUCAGCAUUUGCAAUUACAGAAUUUGCUUUUUGACCUCUCUACGGAUCGUGAAACGAGCAACAUUUUUACACAAAUGCAAGCGGUGCCAGUUUAAUCUUGUGCUCUGUGAUGGUAGCAUCAAGUAACCACUAGAUGAAUAGGGACAUGAAAAAGUAAAGCGUAUCUUGAAAAUGAUCGCCUGGAACACUAAAUCAAGUCUCACAGACCUAACAAAGGGAAAGGGAAGACGUAAAGCGACACUCAUUUGGUGAGGCACAUAAGGCAAACAAGUUUGUUAGGUGAUAUAGAAGAUGUGACUGGCCUUGUUCACAUUAGAGACACCUCUAUAUGGUGAUCUGAUCUAUUUAGGUCCCCACAAGAGCUUGUGUAAAGCGUUUAAAGGGACAUAAUACUCAUAUGCUAAAUCACUUGAAACUGAUGCAGCAUAACUGUAAAAAGCUGACAGAAUAAUAUCACCUGAGCUUCUCUAUGUAAAAAAAGAAGAUAUUUUACCUCACAAUUUCCUCAGCUAACCAGAGUAAGUUCUAAGUAAAAAGUUAUGCUGCUGCUUAGCUGCAGGUAAAAAAAAAUGAAGAAAUGAAUGGCAGCCAAUCAGCAUCAGCAGUGCUGAGGUCAUGAACUCUUUUACUGUGAUCUCAUGAGAUUUCACUUAACUCUCAUGAGAUUUCAUAGUAAACUUCCUUAAACCGAAUAGGGAAAUAACAUGAGAGUGCACGCUGUCCCGGGACAGACAUACUGAUUUGCUGCUUAGAAGUCCUUUACAAUGGGAUGUGGCAACUGAGUAACUUUCUUUUUUACAUAGAGAUGCUCAGGUGAUAUUUUCUAGUCAGCUUUUUACAGCUAUGCUGCAUCACUUUCAAGGGUUUUAACAUUUGGGUCUCAUGGCCCUUUAACGUGUAUUGCCAGUGUGCUUUGGCCACCAUCAAUGGUUCAGGAGGUUUUCUUUAAAAGAUCCUCAUCAAGAGCUGUCAACUGUUUUCUUAUCCUUUUUACCAGAACCCCCCUCCUUGCCACACAUAUUCCACCAAAAAUGUCCAUGAAGCAGAAACUCCAACACUAAACACCUUGUAAUAUCAAGACAUUUCUGUUGCUAUAGAAUACCAUAUCAGCCAAGUCAUUUUAUUAAACAAAUGAACAUCCCUCUCUAUUGCAAUGGUUUAGCAAUAGCCAUACUCCAUAAUUUGCCUUGUUUGGAGUAGCCGAUCUGGGCUUUAGUCUGCUGACAACAAGACUUGUCAUGGUCAAAAUGUUAGUAUAAAAUGAUUUUUUUUUUUACAAUUAUCAGUUAAACCUAGUUAGGGAAAGAUAUGGAGCAGGGUUAGACGAGUCAGUAGGGUGUAUUCCAAGUUCUGAGAAUUAGAACAUCCUCCUCAAUUUUUACAAAAUUACAUGUAAAGGGGGCAAAAUAAUGAGAAUAUAUUGCAAAGUUAUUUCAUUGCUCAUAAAUGAAAAUAGACAAAAAAAAUCUCAAGGAGUUUGCUGCCCCUUUAAGUUCUUUGUUGAAGGUGGAAUGCAGACUUCAAGCUGAAUGAAAAUGGUUUACUAUAGUUUUACAGUGUGCAGUUUCCUCAUUUACUGAUCUGUUGUUCAGUGUUACCAGUUUAAAUGCCACUUUUCUUGUUUCUUUAAGCCACAAAAUGUGUAAAUACCCAUUGUUCUAUGUGAUUCUUGUCAUUAACUGUAAGCUAUGUCAGAUGUACAAUAAAGGUGUAAUAUCUUAA